ACCAAACGCUUCCAGAGGUAUCAUUACAUCGCUAGCUUCGAUUUAGUGCAGACCUACCAAGCAAAACCGCUCAAGAUGGCUUUUAAGAUUGUUGUUCUGUUCGCUACCCUGGCUUGCGCCAGUGCCGGUUACGUCGAACCGGAGCACCACCAUCUGUCCUAUGCUGCCGCCCCGGUCGCACACUACUCGUCCGCUCCGGCCGUGAGCUACAGCUCGAUCACCCGCCACGAAACGCCGAAGGUGGCCGUCGCCAAGCAGGUCACCUAUGCUGAGCCGGCGGUCCACUACGCUGCUCCGCUCACCAAGACCUAUGCCGUGCACGAGCCCGCCCUGAAGACGGUCGUCGCCCAGCCCGCCUACACCAAGACGGUGUACGCACAGGAGCCAGCCCAUGUGUACGCUCAUGCCGCCCCGGUCGUUGCCGCCAAGACGGUGUCCUAUGCCGCACCGCAGGUCCACUACCAGGCUGCCCCGCAGGUUCACUACCAGGCCGCCCCGGCGCUGGUGAAGAACGUCGAGUACACGAAGACGCUCGCGUACGCCCCGGUCACCAAGACGCUCGUGUCCGAGCCGACCUACACCAAGCACGUCGUUGCCGAGCCGACCUACACGAAGACGCUCCUGGCCCAGCCCGCUUACACCAAGUACGUGUCGCAGCCCACCUACACCAAGACCCUGGUCGCUGAGCAUCAGCCGCUGUACCAUCAUCAGCCCGCCGUGUACGCUCAUGCUGCCCCGGUCGUUGCUGCAAAGACGGUGAGCUACGCUGCGCCGGCUGCUCAUGUGUCGCACGUCAGCUACGCCGACAACGCCGCCCACUACGCCUGGGCGACAUUCGCGUACGGUACACGGUGCGUGAGCGAAAUCGCGCAAACCCAUCCAUCCACCAUGAAGUGUUUUUUUGUAGUACUAGCCGUGUCUUUAGCGUUAGCUAGCGCUGGUUACGUCGAGCACUAUCAAGGUGCAACGAGCUUUACCUCGUUCGACCUGAAGUCCGCUCCCAUCGUAGGCAGCAAGCUGGUGGUCCCCGGUGCAGUCGUCCCAGCCUACCCAAUAAAAGGUUCGACCGAUCACGCACCCGUUCGGUAUGAAGCGAAGCCAGUAAUUAGUACGGUUUAUGCGGCACCGAUCACGAAGACGUUAACCUACAGCACCGUGCCGGUGCAGUACGCUUCCAGCCAUCAGUAUGUCGCUCCUGUCCCGGUGCAUGAUUGUACGCUGAAGGAACAUACCAAACUUGUUGCACCGAUCCAUGCCACUGUUUCGUACGGUGUACCAUCUGCCACUGUGAGCAAUGCUUAUGGCAUCUCGAGUCAGUCGGGAUAUUCGGGAGUUGGCUAUCAACAAGCUCAGAAGGUGCAAGGAGCGGCUGUGAGUAAUUCUAACUCGAUCUGGAAUCAGUCGGGAUAUUCAGGAGCUGGAUAUCAACAAGCUCAGAAGGUACAAGGAGCAACUGCGGGUAUUGCUGGCAUUUGGAGUCAGUCUGGUCAUGCUGAAUCAGGAUAUCAACAAGCUCAGAAGGUUCAAGGAGCUUCUGUGAGCAACGUUGGCGUCUGGGAUCAAUCGGGAUAUUCAGGAGCUGGAUAUCAACAAGCUCAGAAGGUGCAAGGAGCGACUGUGAGUAGUUCAAAUGGCAUCUGGGGUCAAUCAGGAUAUUCAGGAACUGGAUAUCAACAAGCUCAGAAGGUACAAGGAGCGACUGUAAGCAAUGCUGGUAGCUGGAGUCAUUCGGGAUAUUCUGGACCUGGAUAUCAACAACAUCAGAACGUCCCAGUUGCUUCUUACGGUCCUAGUUCUACAAUCGGACAUACUGUAACGCAUCACUACACCGCUCCACAGUCGAGCAGCAUCAUCUAUACUCCUCCUAAAGCAAGUCUAACGAUCGGAUCCACUUCCUACGAAGGGCAUGGCAAUCAGCAGUCAGCAUCUUUCGGCACCUACAAGGAACAUAUUCAACCGGCACCUAUUAUUGAAACGCUCGUUGAUGUCGCUCCACCAAAGCUUAUCCAGCAACAGCCAUCAGGAAGCUAUGGAGUUCCUGAAACAGACUCCAGCCUUCUUCACGUGUCCCAACCAGCGACGGUCAUUACAUCUUCCUCCAACUACGCAGAAACUGAGGGGGCUUGGAAGGAAACGAAGGCUGGCUAUGCUACAUCGCACCAAUACAAGGCGGCAACGAUUCCAGCAAAACCGUCUGCUUUCUACAUCGCUCCAGCAGUAAAGCUACAAACGACUAUUUCAAAUUCUGGAGGAUGGCAGGAAGCUUCCAAAAACCAUGGGCACAGUUUCACUACUACUCACAGCUAUGCAAACCAACAAGUGGCAGCUAACAAUGGUCAACAGUAUCUGCCACCGAAAGCGCCUGCCACUUCUUCCAUUGCGACAGGUUCUUCUCAAUCUUCUUCCUCCAAGGAUACUCCAACCACAUCUAGUCCAACUCGCGAAUAUCUACCACCACGAGAGUAUCUUCCACCACCAACGCAAGCAAAUGGUGGCAGCACUGCAGCCACCGUGUCCUACGGAGCAUCUUCCCAGGGUUUAUCCUCAAACAAAGUUUCUCAAUCACAAAGCUACGGUUCCAGCUCUACCGGCAGCCUAUCCACUCACGCUGCAAAGGCGCAAAGGUUGGGAGGACUGUUUCGAUAUAAAUAUUGCUGCCCGCGGACGGAACAGUAUCAUUCAGGUGCUAAGCUCAUCGACAGUAACACAUCUUACCAGAACCAAAACCUCCAGUUUACGGGCAUAAUGGCAUUCAAGUUCGUCGUUUUCCUGGCGUCGCUGGCCGUCGCUAGCGCUGGAUACCUGGAGGCUGACCAUGCCGUCCAGUACGCCGCCCCGGUCGCUCACUACUCGCCGGCUUCGGCCGUCAGCUACAGCACCAUCUCGCAGGCUGCCCCGGCCAAGCUGGCCUACGCCGCCCCGGUCGCCAAGACCGUGUCGUAUGCUGCCCCGCAGGUCUAUGCUGCCCCGCAGGUCUAUGCUGCCCCGCAGGUCUAUGCAGCCGCUCCAGUGACGAAGACGUACGUCUCCAGCCCGGCCGUCGGUGCCACCCAUGAGAGCACCAUCCGCUCGCACGACAGCACCAUCUCCCACUACUCCAAGGCCGUCGAUACGCCGUACUCGAGCGUGCGCAAGUCGGACACCCGCAUCACCAACGAGCUGCCCAAGUACGCUUAUGCCCAGCCCGUCCUGGCCAAGCAGGUUGCCUAUGCUGCUGCCCCGGCCGUCCACACCACCUAUGCUGCCCCGGCUGCCGUCCACACUAGCUACGCUCAUGCUGCCCCGGCUGUGACCUACGCCCAUGCCGCUCCGGCCUACCAGACCUACGCUCAUGCUGCCCCGGCUGCCGUCCACACCAGCUACACGCACGCUGCCCCGGCCGUUCACGCCACCUAUGCUGCUCCGGCCGUCCAGACCUAUGCUCAUGCUGCUCCGGCUGUCCACACCACCUAUGCUGCCCCGGCCGUCCACACCAGCUACGCUCAUGCUGCCCCGGCCGUCCAUGCCACCUAUGCUGCCCCGGCUGCCGUCCAGACCUACGCUCAUGCUGCCCCGGCCGUGCACACCUCCACCAAGACGCUGACCUACUCGCCGGCCGUCCAGGUUGCGCACACCACCUACGAGGACGCCCAUGCCCAUUAUGCCUGGUAAGAAGGUUCUGUCUGAGCGAAACAUCCUGAAGGAACAACAACAACAACCAACCGCUCAAAGCAACUAUUUAUUAGCACCACAAGACUAAUUCAAACAAAACAAAACAAAAAAAAAAACGCCACCAGUUAAGUACACUGUCGCAUUGUUGCGCUGUUACACUGUUUUUGCAAGCAAUGCGUGUAUUCAGUCUCUCUCUUUCAUCAGAGAGAGUACAUCUAACAUCUCGAAUGUGACCAUUUGUUGAGUCGAAAUACAAUCUCGUACAAACUGAA